AUGGCCGGCCGCAUGUUCCCAGUAGCAUCCACAGCCAGCGUCAGUGGUUGGGUGGCAUUCAUCGAGGUUGCCCUACGGUUCGCAAUGUUCGCUGCUUUGAUUUAUGCCACUCUGGGAUUCAUGCCUCGAGCGGACGUUUCCCCCGUGAUUUUGAGCGGGCACUCGCUCGGUGUGAAUGUGGCCCACACAGUAGCAGGGCACUUGGAACGCAUGGGAAUCGAUGUCUUUGCGAUUGUGGCCCUGGACCCCCGGUCCACUCCAGCAUCUCUCUUGCAGGCAGGCGUCCACCCGGCUCUGACAAGGACUUCAGACGGCAUCCGCUUCGAGGCCCUGCAGUUGACAUUCACAUCGGACUACGUGCCCUUUCUGAAGCUGCCUCAGCGGAUGAUGCGUGUGAAUGGGGAGAUGCGGAAAGAUGCUACGGCCAUUGGAUCUGUGAAGAUGCUGCCGGACAGCAACCAUUUCAGCCUGGCGCACUCACAUGUCUGGGACAUAGCCCUGGCCAUCAAAGAGGACAUGGCCUUGAAAUGCGGGACGGAAACCAAACGGCGCCAAAGCAAGGCUCCAUUCAAAAACAAUCGUGAAUCAGACGGGUCAAGCGAUGUGAACGGGCUAUCGGCGCCUAUAGGUCUUCAGUUUGAGCUUUGGAAGUAG